ACAAACAUUCUUAUCGGAAGAAAAGUCCUACCACAUGUGAUUGUUUACAAAAUCUAUUUUACCAUAAUCCUCUCUCGUACUUUGUCAUAAUUAGACACAUCAGACAGGAAACGAAAACUUAAAUACUCAUUUUAGCUUUCAUGUAAAUUGGGAUAUUGACAAUUGGAAACAUUAUAGAAGAGGAUGGUACGCAAGAAGAUAGAUAACCGUAUUAGAGUGCUGAUUGAGAAUGGGGUGGCAGAAAAACACAGAACAAUGUUUGUUGUGAUCGGAGACCAUGCUAGAGAUCAGGUUGUAAUUCUGCAUCACAUGUUAUCAAAGGCAGCAGUGAAGGCUCGUCCUUCUGUUCUGUGGUGCUACAAGAAAGAAUUAGGAUUUAGCAGCCAUAGAAAGAAGAGAAUGCGUCAACUACAGAAAAAGAUCAAGAGUGGUAAGAUCGACAUAAAGGAAGAUGACCCGUUCGAGUUGUUUAUCUCCGCCACAAAUAUACGCUACUGUUACUAUGCCGAGACACACAAAAUCCUCGGAAGUACUUAUGGCAUGUGUAUACUACAGGACUUUGAGGCAAUGACACCUAAUUUACUAGCCAGGACAAUAGAAACUGUGGAAGGUGGUGGAAUUAUCACAAUUUUACUCAACUCUAUGAAUUCUUUGAAACAGCUGUAUGCCAUGACAAUGGACGUGCACUCAAGGUACAGGACCGAGGCUCACCAGGAUGUUGUUGGAAGAUUUAACGAAAGGUUUAUAUUAUCAUUGGCGUCAUGUAAGAACUGUAUGGUUAUAGAUGACCAGUUUAACCUUCUACCUUUCUCCUCACAUGUCCUCUCUAUACAACCUGUACCAGCAAAAUCUCUCGAUGAAUCUAUUAGUCCUAAAGAGCAGGAGUUACGGGACCUGAAAGAUUCACUACAGGAUACACAGCCUGUUGGUGCUCUUGUCAAAUGCUGUAAAACACUUGAUCAGGCAAAAGCUCUUCUUAAGUUUGUGGAGGGUAUAUCAGAGAAGACAUUACGUAGUACUGUUGCCAUGACGGCAGCUAGAGGGCGGGGUAAAUCAGCCGCACUAGGUAUCGCCAUAGCGACGGCUGUAGGGUUUGGAUACUCCAAUAUAUUUGUCACAUCUCCUAGUCCUGAAAACUUGAAGACUCUGUUUGAGUUUAUCUUUAAGGGAUUUGAUGCGCUUGAAUAUCAGGAACAUUUAGAUUAUGAGAUAAUCCAGUCCACUAAUCCAGACUUCAACAAAGCUAUAGUCAGAGUGAAUAUUUUCAGGGAACAUCGGCAAACGAUUCAAUAUAUACACCCAUCAGAUUCACAUAAAUUGGGUCAGGCAGAAUUAGUGUGUAUAGACGAGGCAGCAGCUAUACCCCUCCCACUAGUUAAAAACCUUCUUGGACCAUACCUUGUGUUUAUGUCCUCUACAGUGAAUGGGUACGAGGGCACAGGCAGAUCAUUGUCUCUUAAACUAAUUCAGCAACUCCGGCAACAAUCCUCGACUUACGGAGGAGUGACAUCAGAGGUGAAAAAAACUGUUUCUAUGGCAACAAAAUCUGAGGGAACAUCGUCAUCAUCAUCAGGCAGGAUCCUGCAGGAAGUUGUGCUGAACGAAUCAAUCAGAUACGCUGAUAAAGAUCCAGUCGAAAAGUGGUUAAAUAAUUUGCUUUGUUUGGAUGCGACAGAUGUACCGAGAAUAUCUUCUGGUUGCCCGCUACCGGAACUUUGUGAAUUGUAUUAUGUAAACAGAGACACUCUUUUCUCCUAUCAUAAAGCAUCAGAGGCGUUCUUACACAGAAUUAUGGGACUAUAUGUGUCAUCACAUUACAAGAACACACCAAAUGACUUACAGCUGUUGUCAGACGCCCCAGCUCACCAUAUAUUUGUACUGCUGGGACCUGUAGAUCCUAACCAGUCAGCCUUGCCAGAAGUUCUCUGUGUACUUCAGGUAUGUUUGGAAGGCGAGAUUUCAAAGUCUUCAAUUAUAAACAGUCUAUCUCGUGGGAAACGUGCGUCUGGAGAUCUCAUUCCAUGGACAGUAUCGCAACAGUUUCAGGACCAUGAUUUCCCGAGUCUGUCAGGAGCUCGCGUUGUUAGAAUAGCCACACAUCCGGACUAUCAGGGGAUGGGCUAUGGAAUGAGAGCAAUGACUCUUCUAGAGGAAUAUUAUCUUGGAAAGAUUCAGAAUAUCUCGGAGACGAGUCUCGAGGAGAAUACAGAAGCAGACAACAUUGACGAGGAGGAGGUGGGAAUCCUUGAGGAGAGGGUCACACCCAGAAAACAUCUACCACCAAUGUUAAUGAAGUUGAAUGAGAGAAAGGCGGAGCAACUGGAGUAUUUGGGAGUUUCAUAUGGAAUGACUUCACCUUUACUGAGAUUCUGGAAGAAAUGUGGCUUUGUACCUGUAUACUUGAGACAAACUGCUAAUGAAUUAACAGGAGAACAUUCAUGUAUCAUGUUGAAGUCACUGAGUGCAAAUCCUGAAGAUGAGACAGAAUGGUUACCUGCUUUCUGGAAAGAUUUCCGACGUAGGUUUAUAGCAUUGUUAUCGUACCAGUUUAGAGAAUUUACUCCAGCAAUGUCACUUAAUGUCCUCCAGCAGAAACAGUUCAAAUCGGACAAUAAAAAAACAUUGAAUGCUGCAGAGUUAGAGACCUAUCUGACAAAGUAUGACAUAAAAAGACUUGAACUUUACUCACAGAACAUGGUAGACUAUCACCUGAUCAUGGAUCUUGUACCAACACUCGCUAGAAUCUACUUCCUCGACCUUAUAAAUGUUCAUCUCAGUGUGAUACAAGGCGGUGUGUUAUUGGGUCUAGGAUUACAACAUAAAACUGUGGAGGUGCUGGAACAACAACUGGAUCUGCCUGCCUCACAACUUCUCGGCCUCUUCAAUAAGAUCAUACGUAAAAUGGUUCAGCAUUUCACACAGAUAAUGGAGAAAGAUGUUGAACAGGUCAUGGUUGAACGACAAGAAAUCGAGCUGCAUCCAGUCGAGCAAACUAUUGACGAGGAACUGACAGAAGCAGCUAAUGAGGUAAAGAAGAAGGAAAAGAAGAAGUUAGUAGAGUUACAGAAAACAGAUCUGUCACAGUAUGCAAUAAAGGGGUCAGAGGUCGACUGGGAUCAAGCGCUGGGAGGCGGAAAACAGGGCCUUGUUAGUGUUAAAAGCACCUUGCAAGAGAAGAAGAGGAAACAAGAAGAAACUUUAGUAGAGACUGAAAAAGAACAUUCUAAAUCUAAGAAAAAGUUCAAAAACAAACAUAAAAAAUGAUGAUUAUUUAAGUCAUGUUAUAUUUUUUAAAAAAAGAUGAACAUGUUACAGAUUGCUGUUGUUUUAGUUCUCAAGCAACAGAUUUUUACUAUAAUAAAUCAUGCAUUUUAGAAUUUUUGGGAAAAUGCAAGGAAAUGCUUAAAUUUACAUGUGCCAGUUGUCUUCUUUGUCAGUGGGGAGUGAUAAAGAUUUCAUAAUUCAAACCAUUUCCACUUUACCACCGGAGGUUUGAAUCCCGUCAGGGACUUUUGAUUCUCUUAUGAAGCUACUUGGGUAGCUUACAGAAUGUCAAUGGUUCUACUUGGGUGCCAGUAAAUACCUGAUAUAAUGCACGGAGGGGCCAUGGGGUGCC